AUGAAUUUAUUUUAUGAACGUGAACAAAAUAUUCGUAAUUGCGAUCUUGUUACUCAUUUUAUUGAACCACAUUGUUUUAAUCCAACAUUUAUUUGUGAUCAUCCACAAAUCAUGAGUCCAUUGGCAAAAUAUCAUCGUUCUAUACCUGGUUUAACAGAACGUUUUGAAUUAUUUGUUUAUUAUAACGAAUUAUGUAAUGCACUGUAUUGA